UCCCAGGGUGGGGACGAGGCUCGCUGCAGCCCCCUCCUCCGACCUGGGCGCUCUCCCCUCUCGGAAUGUGGGUGGAGGCUUCAUCCAGACGCCCCAGGCACCGGAUUCUGGGCGGGGGCGCGUGGCGGCCGCCAGGAGUCCGGCUGGAGCGCCCGCCCCGCGGCCUCGCCUCCCCGCCGAGCCGCCAGCGCCUCGGGACGCGAUGAGGACCUGGGCAUGCCUCCUGCUUCUCGGCUGCGGAUAUCUCGCCCAUGCCCUCGCCGAGGAAGCCGAGAUCCCCCGCGAGCUGAUUGAGAGGCUGGCGCGCAGUCAGAUCCACAGCAUCCGGGACCUCCAGCGACUCCUGGAGAUAGACUCCGUAGGGCCCGAGGAUGCCCUGGACACCAGCCUGAGAGCCCACGGGGGCCACGCCACCAAGCAUGCGGCCGAGAAGCGGCCUGUGCCCAUCCGGAGGAAAAGGAGCAUCGAGGAGGCCAUCCCCGCUGUCUGUAAGACCCGCACGGUCAUUUACGAGAUACCUCGGAGCCAGGUGGACCCCACGUCCGCCAACUUCCUGAUCUGGCCGCCGUGCGUGGAGGUCAAGCGCUGCACGGGCUGCUGCAACACCAGCAGCAUCAAGUGCCAGCCGACCCGCGUGCACCACCGCAGCGUCAAGGUGGCCAAGGUGGAGUACGUCAGGAAGAAGCCCAAGUUGAAGGAGGUGCAGGUGCGGCUGGAGGAGCACCUGGAGUGCGCGUGCACGGCCGCCGGCCCCCGCGAGGAGGAGACGGGAAGGCGCAGGGAGUCAGGUAAAAAGCGGAAAAGAAAGAGGUUAAAACCCACCUAAGGCGGCCGACCAGAUGUGAGGUGAGGACGAGCCAGCAGCCCUUCCCCGGGACACGGAUGUACGUGGCGUGUUACAUUCCUGAACUCUGUACGGUGCUUGUGGCCGGCGUGCGGUCUUUGUUCUCCUCCGUGAAACCCGUCCCCGUGCGCACCCUGGAGAACAAAGAGACGGCCCACGCGUGUUUCCUGUGACGUCAAGGCGAGAUCGUCGCCCUCGGCGACGGGACGUGGGGAAGCUCCCUCGUCCAAACAAAGAGCGAGAGAGUGAGCGAGCGAGCGAGCGCACGCGGACUGACUCCCAGAACGUCUGAACGGUCGCCGGAGUGGGGGAUGCCCCGGGGACUGGACGUCUGUCCAGGGCGGCCACAGGUGCUCAAGCCGAGGACACGGGGCCCGCUUUCGGGACGACCCCGGACGGACGCCGACGGGCCCGUGGGCGCCGGGAGUGUCUCGGAUCCGCGUCUCCUCGCGGUGGUGUUACGUCUGCACGAAACCCUCCCCAGAGCCUUAAGUGGGUUUUUUUUUUUUACACCAUAAAGUGAUUAUUAAGCUUUUCCUUUUUACUCUCUGCCUAGCUUUCUUUUUUUCUUUCUUUUUUUUUUUUUUUAAUCCUCUCCUGGAUGGCGUUUACGCCGGUGACACCAGGCUGCUGUGACGGUCAGGACGGUGGGACGGUCUCUCCCGAGUGGGACGCGAGCGAGCGAGCUGUAUUAAAUAAACGCGGUGUAUACCCUCCUC